UACUAUUAGGACACCUCCUAACCAAUCUGCUAGUAUUUCUUCCUUCCCGGCUUUGGUGCAUUUUUUACCAAGAGAAUUGGUUUCUUGAUUUGUUUGGAGAGAUCUUGUUUCGUGAGAAAAUGUCAAAAAUCACAAAACUCUAUACACUGGAAGAAGCUUCAAAUCAUAAUACAAAACAGGAUUGUUGGCUCAUCCUUGAUGGGAAGGUCUAUAAUGUAACAAAGUACUUGGAUGAUCAUCCCGGUGGUGACGAUGUUCUUGUUAAUGCAACAGGACGAGAUGCAAUUGAAGAUUUUGAUUUUGUGGGACAUAGUAAAAGCGCAAGAGAAUUAAUGGAGACCUAUUUGAUGGGAGAACUAGACCCAUCUUCAGUUCCACAACAGCAACAAGAAAAAGCUACAACAACCAGACAGCAUCAAACCGAUCAAGUCACUCAAAAGUCUACAGAAUCAUCAUCAGCUUUCAAAUACUGGUUGGCCAUAGCUGUCAUUUCUGUGAUUGCUGGUUAUCUGUUUUUCCCCAGUAAAGAUCAAUGAGUGAUUAAUAUUAUCAAUUUUCUGUAUUCUGAAGUCUGAAGACUCAUUUGGGCUGUGGCUCAUCUAUUGACAGUCAAACUAAAAACCAU